AUGAUAUUGGAAAAAUGGCAGUGUAACGUAACAACUAGUAUUGAAAGCUGGUCGCCUUUUGAGGGAGGGAAAGCGUUUCAUUUCAAUAGGAGCCCUACUUCCCUCUUUGCGACCUCAUCACUGAAAUUCAAGCGCAAACCAAUUUCUUUCUUAGUCACCGGGCUCCGCGCACCAAAGGCCUACCAAAGGGCGACGAAAGGCUACUUCAAUCUAGGAAACAGCCGGAAACUCGAAAGGGUCGCCUUUGGAAGCGUUCGUCGGUAA